AUGAAUGCUCAGCUGACGAUGGAGAAUAUUGGCGAUCUGCACGGGGUGAGCCAUGAGCAGGUGCCAACUACGGCUGAUCUGAUGAGCAGCAGUAGCCCUCAUCACAGAAGCUCGGUGGCCCAUCGCAGCAACCACUUGUCAGUCCACGCUCGCUCCAUGGGCAUGGCAUCCAUCCUGGACGGCAGCGACUACCAUCACCAUCGGCCCCCCGAGCAUGCUUUAACAGGGCACCUGCACCCCACUAUGACCAUGGCUUGCGAGGCACCCCCCGGUAUGAGCAUGAGCAGCACCUAUACCACUUUAACCCCUCUGCAGUCGCUACCUCCCAUCUCGACGGUCUCGGACAAGUUUCCCCAUCAUCAUCACCACCACCACCACCAUCAUCAUCACCCUCACCAGCGGAUUCCAGGCAACGUGAGCGGCAGCUUUACCCUGAUGAGGGAUGACAGGGCUCUGGCUUCUAUGAACAAUCUUUACACCCCAUACCACAAGGAUGUCACUGGCAUGGGGCAAAGCCUGUCUCCCUUGUCAGGGUCCGGGCUGGGAGGCAUCCACAACUCCCAGCAGGGUCUGCCACCUUAUGCCCACCCUGGCGCCACCAUGCCCACUGAGAAGAUGCUGACACCCAACGGAUUUGAAGCCCACCACCCUGCCAUGCUAUCAAGGCAUGGGGAACAGCACAUGAGCACUUCUUCAGCAGGUAUGGUGCAAAUCAACGGAAUCCAUCAUCACCACCACUUAAAUGCCCAAAGUCAUAGCCAGGUGUUAGGUUCCACCAGGGAACAUAAUCCAUCCUCUCUGCCUGGAUCGCAGGUCAACAAUGGGGGCAAUUCAGGGCAAAUGGAAGAAGUCAAUACCAAAGAAGUAGCCCAGAGAAUCACCACCGAGCUUAAAAGGUACAGCAUCCCCCAAGCCAUCUUUGCGCAGAGGGUACUGUGCCGAUCGCAAGGGACACUGUCUGACCUGCUAAGGAACCCCAAACCUUGGAGCAAGCUCAAGUCUGGCCGGGAGACUUUUCGGAGAAUGUGGAAAUGGCUUCAAGAGCCAGAAUUCCAAAGAAUGUCCGCUCUCAGGCUUGCAGCAUGCAAAAGAAAAGAACAAGAACAUGGGAAGGGGGACAGGGGAAGCGCGUCCAAAAAGCCUAGGUUGGUCUUCACAGAUGUCCAACGUCGAACUCUACAUGCAAUAUUCAAAGAAAACAAGCGCCCAUCCAAAGAAUUACAAAUAACCAUUUCCCAGCAGCUGGGUCUGGAGCUGACCACUGUCAGCAACUUCUUUAUGAAUGCACGCAGGAGGAGCCUGGAUAAGUGGCUGGACGAUGGCAGCUCCAACUCAGCCAACUCCUCUUCCUCAUCAAGCACUUGUACCAAAGCAUGAAGGAAUAACCGCGGACUGAACCUCGGUGGAAAAGCUUU